GCAAGGCCUUCUCAAAUCUUCGGUUUUGUUCCCCUCUGUGGCUCUCUUCUUCCUCUUCUUCCUUCUCUGCUUCUGCCUCUCUCUCUUUCACUCUCUACAAUGCUCUGUUGCUGAGAGUUUGAUGUCUCACCCCAACAAACGCUCCUUAUCAACCACCACCACCAUCUCCUCUUCUUCUUCUCCGAUGAAAAAAGCCAAGUCUCAGUCUCAUCCCGACCCCAAAAACGGCCUCCACCACCUCCACCACCACGCCUCCGACGCCGACAUCGACGACGGCCGCCGCGCCCAGCCCGACAAUUUGUCCCGAAAAAAGGCCCAGCCCCCUCAGCCCGGCAAGAAGCAGUUCGUCAUCAAACCCUUCAAAGCCAAACCGGCAGUACCCAAAAAUCUUGAAGAGGAGACAUGGGAGAUACUGAAGUCUGCCAUUUGUGCAAUUUUCUUAAAGCAACCCGUUUCAUGUGUCUUGGAGGACCUUUAUCAGGCCGUCAAUAAUCUUUGCGUACACAAGAUGGGUGGGAGUCUGUAUCAACGAAUCGAAAAAGAAUGUGAAAGUCACAUAGCCGCAGCACUGCAGUCAUUGGUCGGCCAAAGCCCUGAUUUGGUGGUUUUCUUAUCACUUGUCGAGAGGAGUUGGCAGGAUCUUUGUGCUCAGAUAUUGAUGAUUCGUGAUAUAGCCCUGUAUCUUGAUAGAACUUAUGUGAAACAAACACCAAAUGUACGUUCAUUGUGGGACAUGGGUUUGCAACUCUUCCGGAAACAUCUCUCCCUCUCACCAGAAGUUGAGCACAAAAUCGUAACUGGCCUUUUAAGAAUGAUUGAGAAAGAAAGAUUAGGUGAAGCGGUUGCUAGGACUCUCCUUAACCAUCUAACGAAGAUGUUUAUAGCUUUAGGAAUAUAUCCAGAGAGCUUUGAGAAGCCAUUUCUCGAGUGUAGUUCUGAAUUCUAUGGUACUGAAGGAGUGAUGUACAUGCAGCAAUCAGACGUUCCCGAGUACUUGAAACAUGUUGAGAAACGGUUGCAUGAAGAAAAUGAAAGAUGUUUACUCUACCUGGAUGCAAGCACAAGAAAGCCACUGGUUGCAACUGCAGAAAAGCAGCUUCUAGAGCGCCAUAUAUCUGCCAUACUUGAAAAGGGGUUCACAAUGCUGAUGGAUGGGAAUCGCAUUGAGGAUAUUCGGAGGAUGUACACUCUUUUUUUAAAAGUAAAUGCCCUUGAAUCACUCAGACAAGCCCUUAACUCAUACAUUCGGAAGACAGGGCAGGGCAUGAUCAUGGAUGAAGAGAAAGAUAAAGACAUGGUUUCUUCUCUUUUGGAGUUUAAGGCUUCUCUUGACACUAUAUGGGAAGAAAGUUUUUGUAAGAAUGAAGUAUUUUGCAUCACUAUAAAGGACGCAUUCGAGCAUCUUAUUAAUCUGCGGCAGAAUCGACCUGCCGAGCUGAUUGCGAAGUUUCUGGACGAGAAGCUUCGAGCUGGGAACAAGGGUACUUCCGAAGAAGAACUUGAGGGCACACUUGAUAGAGUCUUGGUUUUAUUUAGGUUUAUACAGGGUAAGGAUGUGUUUGAAGCAUUUUACAAAAAGGAUCUAGCAAAAAGACUACUUUUGGGGAAGAGUGCUUCUAUUGAUGCAGAGAAGUCUAUGAUUUCCAAGCUGAAGACCGAGUGUGGCAGUCAAUUUACAAACAAACUCGAAGGAAUGUUUAAGGAUAUUGAAUUGUCGAAAGAGAUAAAUGAGUCCUUCAGACAGUCAUCUCAAGCCAGGACAAAACUCCCAUCAGGGAUUGAGCUGAGCGUUCAUGUCCUUACCUCGGGGUACUGGCCAACAUAUGCUCCCAUGGAUGUGAGACUUCCUCAUGAGUUGAACGUAUAUCAGGAUAUUUUUAAAGAGUUUUACUUGAGCAAGUACAGUGGGAGGCGUUUAAUGUGGCAAAGUUCAUUAGGUCACUGUGUGUUAAAAGCUGAGUUUCCUAAAGGCAGAAAGGAGCUUGCAGUUUCUCUGUUUCAGACUGUUAUUUUGAUGCUGUUUAAUGAUGCCGAGAAGCUAAGCUUCCAAGACAUUAAGGAUUCCACUAGCAUUGAAGACAAGGAACUGAGGAGAACUCUGCAGUCACUUGCAUGCGGAAAAGUACGCGUCCUGCAAAAGGAUCCCAGAGGGAGAGACGUAGGGGAUGACGAUUCAUUUACAUUCAAUGAUAUAUUUACUGCUAACCUCUACCGUUUAAAGGUAAAUGCAAUCCAAAUGAAGGAAACAGUGGAGGAGAACAUAAGCACAACUGAAAAAGUAUUCCAAGACCGCCAAUAUCAGAUUGAUGCUGCUAUUGUUCGGAUAAUGAAAACUAGAAAGCUGCUGAGCCACACAAUUCUGAUAACUGAACUGUACAAUCAGCUUAAGUUCCAAAUAAAGCCAGCAGAUUUGAAGAAAAGGAUUGAGAGCCUGAUUGACAGGGAGUACUUAGAGCGGGACAAGAACAACCCACAAGUCUACAACUACCUUGCAUAACAGUCCUGUUUGAAGUCUCUCCUUGUAAAUGACACAGGAAGGACUUAGAUCUCAAGGAUGAAAGAGCAAAGAGGCAGGAUUUCUAGUCCCAACUUCAACUUAGCCUGUUACCUGCAAUUUAUGUACAUUAACUUUGUAGUUUUUGCAAUUUUGUUGCGGUCGGUACUGAUUGUAAAGAAUAUUUAUUUUCCCCUCAUCUUUAUUCCUUUGAAAGAGUCGAAGAAUCAUGUACUUGAUUGAAUCAAAGUACUUUUUUUUCUUCUGUUUUCCAGAAAUAGGAAAUAUAUAUAAAAACAG